AUGAUAGGCAGGGGAAUGAGGAUAGGAGUGUUAGCAUUGCUUUGGCUUUAUGUCCUAGGGGGGAGUUUGGUUGUUGCUAGAGAUUUGAAAAAUGAGGAUGAAAAGCUUUUUUGGAUGGGUAAAGGUGGUGGAUUUGGAGCAGGAUUUGGUGCAGGGUACGGUAUUGGGGUUGGAAUAGGUGGAGGCGUGGGUAAGGGUGGUGGAGUUGGCAGUGUGUUUGGCAAAGGAGGUGGAGUUGGUGGUGGCUUUGGGGGAGGAUUUGGGAAGGCUGGCGGCUUUGGAGUUGGAUAUGGAAAAGGUGGAGGCAUUGGAGGUGGCAUUGCAGGAGGAUUUGGAAAGGGUGGUGGCUUUGGAAAAGGUGGGGGCUUUGGAGGAGGAUUUGGAAAAGGUUAUGGAAUUGGUAGCGGCGUUGGAGGAGGAUUUGGAAAGGGUGGAGGUAUUGGUAGUGGCAUUGGAGGAGGAUUCGGAAAGGGUGGUGGCUUUGGAGGUGGAUUUGGAAUAGGUGGUGGCAUUGGUGGUGGAUUUGGAGGAGGAUUUGGAAAGAGUACUGGUUGGAUUGGUGGAGGAGGAUAUACAAAGGGUGGAGAUUUCAUUAGCAAAGGUGAGAGGAUUGGUGAUAGCAUAGGUGAGGGGUUUGGUAAGGGUGGUGGUAUUGACAAAGAGGGUGGCAUUGGUGGAGGAUUUGGCAAAGGUGGCGGCGUCGAGGGAGGAGUAGUUGGCGGAGGCUUUGGCAAAGUUGGUGGAUUUGGAGGUGGAAUAAUUGGUGGACAUCACUAG